AUGGAGGAUUUUCUAAAACAGAUUUCCCACGGAUACGUAAGAUUCCAAUAUACUCCGAUUGAAAAGAGUUUUGACAGAAUAUACUCUUUCCUUCCAUAUUUUGAUUCUACACUGGUUGUGCAUAGAAAGCCUGGGACUGUGCCUCCAUUUAAGCUGUUGAGGAUGUGCAGAGGCCGAGUAAAAAUCGUUGUGACAGAAGAGCCAUUUCAGGUGAUUGUUGACCAUCUGGGAAACUUCAACAUGUUUAUAUUGCUGGAUUUUGAAUUUAAUGACUUUGAGCACGAAUUCCUAAGGCAGGCUUGCAUAGCCAACAGGAAGUCUAUCUUCUUGUUUUCAGGUGCACAAAAAGACCACACGAUAGAGGGCCAAAGCUAUCAGACUGUAAAGCUCGAUCUCGACUUGUUCGACUCACCAGUUGGUCUAUGA